CAGCUGCGGAGCCGACGACCGGAGAGGGACAGAGCUGGGAAGCUCGGGGCGCCCCCCCAGCCCCCCCAGCCGGACGGUGCCUGGUGUCUUCCCCCGCCUCCCCUCCCGGGGGGAGGAGGAAGAGGCGGCGGCGGCGGACCGGACCUCGGGGUGUCGCCGCCCCCACAGGAGGAGCCGGGCCGGCCGCGGGCUCCACAGCGCCGGGGCCCGGGGCCCGUGACAGACGGGCCUAGGAGGGGAAGAGGCGGCGGCGGCGCAGGCGACGGGGAGGCAGCGGCGGCGACACCAUGUCAUCUCCCAGCCCGGGCAAGAGGCGGAUGGACACGGACGUGGUCAAGCUCAUUGAAAGCAAACAUGAAGUCACAAUCCUAGGAGGACUCAAUGAAUUUGUAGUGAAGUUUUAUGGACCACAAGGAACACCAUAUGAAGGUGGAGUGUGGAAAGUUAGAGUGGAUCUUCCUGAUAAAUACCCUUUCAAAUCCCCAUCUAUAGGAUUCAUGAAUAAAAUUUUCCAUCCCAACAUUGAUGAAGCGUCAGGAACUGUGUGUCUAGAUGUAAUUAAUCAAACUUGGACAGCUCUGUAUGAUCUUACCAAUAUAUUUGAGUCGUUCCUGCCCCAGUUGCUGGCCUAUCCAAACCCUAUAGAUCCUCUAAAUGGUGAUGCUGCAGCCAUGUACCUUCAUCGACCAGAAGAAUACAAACAGAAAAUUAAAGAGUACAUUCAGAAGUAUGCAACAGAAGAGGCGCUGAAGGAACAGGAAGAGGGCACUGGGGACAGCUCGUCGGAGAGCUCCAUGUCUGACUUCUCGGAAGACGAGGCCCAGGACAUGGAGUUGUAGUAGAAAAAGCCACCUGCUUUUCAGAAAGACUAUUAUUUCCUAACCAUGAGAAGCAGACUAUAAUAUUCAUAUUUAAACAAAGCAAUUUUUUUUAUUACUAAACAAGGUUUUUAUGAAUAAUAGCAUUGAUAUAUAUAUAUUAUAUAUCACCCUUUAGAUCUUGAUUUCUUGGUCAUUUCUCAACCUGAGGUGCAUAGCAUAUUCCCACAUUCCAUUUUGGUAGCAAUAUGCAGCCCGAAUGCAUGCAUUCAUAAGUCCAUUUGGCCAAGUCAACUUGUACGCUACUGAGCCGGCCAUGAAACAGCCGCUGUGAUAGGUAGACGUGAGGACAAAAAAUCCUGCUUCCUCUAUUGGUGGUUCCAAAGAAACAAACCCAAGCGACCGACCCUCGGACAUUAAGGUAGACUAGAGCUUUUUCAAGGUAAAGAGGAGAGACUCGGGGAGGGAGAAGGCCUGGGGUGAGCGCGCUUAGAGAGUAGCGGGGCUGCUCCUCCCCUCUAGUGUUGGCGCCCUGUGUGACGGGCAGUGACCGGGACCCAGGACAGGGAGCGAGCUAGCCAUCUCUGGAGUAUUGACGCUUAAAGAAAGGUUUUUUUUGACUUGGAUUUUAAGUACUUUUUUAUAUGUGGAUUCCUGCCCUUCAAGCUACAGGGCUCUGCAACCACGAGGGUAUUUGCUUUGGGGACCUUUUCAAAUCCUUUUUCUGGACAUGACUCAUUUUCUUGGUCUGGAUUCUGAGCUCAGAGGGGGGAAAGGAGGGAAAUGACAAGGCUAGUGCUUGGGUUCAUUCAGAGCACAUGCAAAAUUAGACUCUACUUCUUUGCCAGUUUGAGACUGCUGCCCUUGACUGAGAGCUUUAAACUUGCUCUUUUGUGCUUGAACUGUGGUUAGACACAUGAUGCAAAUUGUUCCUUCAUCUACCAGGAGAGGAAGGGUCUCAUCAUCAAUACAAGUCAUUCUGCUGAGCAUUAGUCCUGGGAAGACCUGGCCAAUGGCCACGAAUACUUUGGCACUCUCAUUUCAUUGUUGUCUCUUUUUUUCUUUUUUUCUUUUUUUUUCCUUUUUCCCCCCACCCCUUCUGCCACCCCUUGGCAGCGGCUUGGCAACCGUCUGCCCCUGGGAGGGGGAGAGAGGCUAUUGCAGACCCCAACACACAUUCAGAAUUCUAAGAGAAGACAAAUUUGAACAAAUAAAGGUUAUUCCACCCAAAGUGAUUAUACAUGGGGAAAACAGGUGCAACUUUCUUCAGAUAUAGUUGAAGGACUCUUCUGAAGGGGGGAGGGAAAGGGAGUGGAUGAAAUAUCUUCUCAUGUAGUAGAACAGGUUUUGAAGGUGGAUUUUUUUCCCCCUGUUAAUGCUAAAAGGGAAUUAGACACUUUAAAAUGCCCACCAAUCAGAUGUAAACUCAGCUAGCUGCAUGUCCAGAGGUUGCCUACGAAGUUCCUUUCAGAUCUUAAUGUUGCCUGCUGUAUUUUAGGGAGUUUUGUGAAAGUUUUUAGACAGCCAGAAAAGUUUUGAUUCUUUUUUUGAUGCAACCAGUAAGGACAGCAGCAGAAUUAGCCAAUUUUGAGACACUUUAAAAACGAACGUUUUGAAUGUCCCACAGGGUUCAUUCAGUAGAUUUUUAAAAAAAAAAUUCUGAAAUGCAUUUUUAAAAUUAGAAGUACUGUAUUCCACAAGGUUUGAGUCAAUGAGGUUGGAAGAUAUCCUAACUUUUUUUUUUAAAUUCAAAAAGCACAAUCAAUCUCUUACUUUGAAAAAUCUAUAUAAAGUACAACUUGCUUUAGCAUGAUUAUUUUCCUAAAUAAAAAGACAUACAAAGAAUUUAUUUUACGUUAAUUACGGGCAUGACGCAAAAGGUUUUCUUUCCUUUUUAUUUCCUUAAGAUAAAAAAAGUGCAGUUACGUAGGGCUGUGGUUAGUUACCGUGCUGAAGUGAUCUAUCUAGCAUUUGUGGCUUGUUGGAAGGGUAGUAUUAACUAUUUAACCUGUAAUGGUGUACGUUAACUCUUAUCUAGCACGUUGUAUUCUCAUUACUUUGGGGGAGGGAGGGUAUCUCUGCUGGCACUGUCUAACAUGCUUACCUGCUGAAUUAGCAGUUUGCUUGUGCUAUAACCUUUACUGUAGGUGCUAUUUAGGGGUAGGCUUAAAGUGCUGGGGUGGUGAUUUCAGUUAAAACAAUAAAUUGUAUUUUUUCAAUAUUGUAUAAACAAUAGUGUUCUAAUUACCUUAAAUUCAUUUCCAGGUAACUAUUGUUUUUAAUCUAGUUAAUAACCAGGUUGCCAGUGCAUAACCAGGUUUGGGGGCAUGUGAACCAGUGUACAUCUCGUCUCCAUGACCAAGGCCCAUUUCUUUAAUUAAACAGACAAGCCAACAAUUCCUUCUACUCUAAAGCACCAGCAUCAGAGGUUUUUAUAGUACAGGGUGCUCUCCUAAGUGAGACUCGUUCUGGAGACCGUAAGCCAAUCUGAGCUUUGCUUCAUUGUGUAGCGUGUGCGUGCCUGUGUGUGUGCGCUUGCGUGCGUGCGUGUGUGUGUCUGUGAUUAGGGUUCUCUGUUAGCUUUCAGGGCCUCUUGCCAUUUCUAUUACAAACUGCAUGGUGUCCUUUUAGCUGUACACAUUUAUCCUUUCUGAGGGGCUAGCUGUGGGUCUGUGCAUGUUUUCUUGGCUCUGGAUGGGAUGUUUUCUCUGUAUGUAGAAACUGGUUUUCUGCAUGUCAGAAAAGAUUGCCUGGUUAACAUUUGUUAUGCCCCGUCUUUGCCCCUUUACUAUGAUUGAGGGGAGUUGUAGUAGUAGUAACGAGGGCCAUGGGGGGGCCCAUGUCAUAGAGGGCUCGCUGUAUUCCAGGAGAGUCCAGGCACCCCCCAACCCCCAUACAGAUGGGAGAGUAAGCCAAAAUAGAUUUUGCUCUGUCUGUGGUCCAAACCUUAUUGGGUCUCCCCCUCCUACUGCUGAGACCAGGAACCAAGUAUCCCCAAGGAAGCCCGGACACAUCUAUUUAGGCAAAUAGCAAUGACAAUUUGUUUUCCUUUAUCAGACCAGGCAGUAGCUGUACUUUCUGAAAUACUAUCUUGUGGUUUUAUAGCAUUCUCUGCCCCUGUUCAUAUGACUGAUCUUAAGCUCUGGCCAAAUCCCAACAAGCAAGAUAGUUUCGACCCAGCAGCAUUUGAUCCUCCAUCCGCCGGCACUCAAUGGAUUCUUGAAUACCGGAGCCUUGUUAGAAGCUAGUGAGUAGUGGUGGGUGACCUAGAAACAGGCACUUUGGCUCCCGUCCUUGAGUGUCCCCCCUGCUCCCCAUGCCCCCACUUCAAGGUCACCGUACAGUUUUACCCUGGCGUCUCAUCCCUUGCAGAUGGAUCAUAACCAGAAGUUGCCAUACCUCGCCAGGACCUAACAAUCUUCUUUCCACUUCAAAAGAAGCUUUUCUAAUUGCCAACAGGUCAAUGUAAAGUCAGAGAAGUGUUUAACCUCUGAAAGGGAGUUUAAUCUCAACAAACUCCAUGAAUCUCCCAGUUCUCUUUGGUCUGACAUUUGAGUUGUAUUAAGCCUCCUAUUGUGAUGACUGGAAAAAAAUUGAAAGGAGGCAUCCUCUGUUAAUCCUGAUGGGUGAGAUUUCUAGCCACAGUUCAGGAAUUGGCUUCUAACUCAUCUAAAAUUUGUCUGUGAGCCUUUUGAACCUCAUGGACUCAUCCAGUAAAAGUUUUUUUAAAAAAUCACUCAGAAAAGUUAACAGGGUAUGUGUGUGUGUGAGUGUGUGUGUGUGUGUGUGCGCGCACGCGUGUGCGUAUAUUUUUUAAUCAGCACCCCCAAACCAAUUCCCUGAAAUCAACUUAGUUCAGAUUUCUAGGAGGGCAGCAAGCAUUUCCCUCGUCUUAACCCAUGUUCAUUUUCCCCUGGUCAUGUGGAACGUUCACAGAGGAUUCUGAAAGGCACUGGAUUCCUCAUUGGAGUCUGAGUCUUGUGGGUGUCUCAGGGGAUGUGGAAAUAAUGAGCAGCUUUUAGCUAGGUGAGGAUUCUCCACCGUCACUAUAUGCCACUCAAGGGGGCAGGGACCUACUUUUGGGUUUGCCUUAGUUAAGCAGGCCCUUUGGCAGAUCUGUAGGCAUCAUGAGAAAUGGCCGUUAUUUACUGACUGUAUUUGGUACAUAUUGUGUGAUACUUGAAGAGAUGAAAGGGGCUUCCAAAGCCCUUCAUUGGAGUCUAAGAUUUUUAUCUUUUUUUUUUCUCCCCUUACCCUCCUUCCUACCACCUUUUUUUCUUGCAUUGUGAUGAUGUAGUGGGCACAUCUGUCAACAGGACGAAUGCCUCUUCUCUAAGACUAUAACCUCUCAAAUAGUUGUGUAUAAUGAAAGAACUGUAAACUUUUUUAAAUAAAAUGUAUAUACCUUGG